AAUUCUUUUCCUGCGAGUGGGAAUGGAAGAGAUUGCUGAGGAUCCAAACAAAAGCUGCCUGCUGGUGGUGGUGGGAUGCCGGAGCGCUCCGUCACUGAUCUGUGUACAUGAGGCAGGGAAUAACACGCUGACUGAGGUGUGCCGCAGCCCCAUGUGAUAUCCACAAGACAGCUGCUGCUCUUCCCAGUAAUUAUACCCUGACACAAGGAGCAUGGAGAAUGAGCCGCCACACUCUGCCCCGGCCACUUCCACAACCGGCAGCCGCCAGACUAACACCCCGCUACCGGUGUACAGCGGAAUACCUGACCGGCAGACUGUCCAGGUGAUCCAGCAAGCUCUGACCCGCCAGCCCAGCACCGCGGCACAGUAUCUGCAGCAGAUGUAUGCAGCCCAGCAACAACACCUAAUGCUGCAGACCGCAGCGCUACAACAGCAGCACCUGAACAGCGCUCAGCUGCAGAGCCUAGCUGCGGCACAGCAGGCGAGUCUGGCGGGCAGCAGAGCUUCUCCCGCCGUGAGCGUGUCUCAGCAGAGUGCCCCCCAGUCCCCAGCGCAGAUAAACCUGACCAGCUCUCCUCAGAUCAUCCAGCGGCCGCAGACCAUCAGCUCCACGCCUCCGGCAGCGCCAGCCAUAACCCAGCAGACUGUGCUACUGGGAAACGCAGCGUCUCCGUCGCUGAGCGCCAGCCAGGCUCAGAUGUAUCUGCGAGCACAGAUGCUUAUAUUCACUCCGACAGCCGCAGUGAGCAGCAUUCAAUCCGAGGUCAGUUCUGGAGCCACGUCUCAGCCCCCCACCAUCAGCACUCAGGUACAGAAUCUCGCUGUGCGAGGACCAGGCGGUACGGCAGGCGGGCUGAGCCAGACGCAACUUCCCAGCCUGGCCAUGAAGCCGACCACCAUCAGCAUGAACCUCCAUCCUGUGAGCAGUACGUCUCAGAGCAGAAGCAUGGGACACAUACGAGGGGAUAGCGUCGACAUCCACAGGAAGGGCGACUCCCAGGGCGCAGAAAGCCGGGUGCUGGCAGGCAGGACAGUGAUCCCAGCACACUCCAUCAUUACACCAGCCUUCUCCCCGCAGCUGGUGCACCAGCAGAAACAGAUCCAGCACCACUUUACCAUCCAGAACCAGCCGCACAUCCAGCCGCGUCCUGUGCUGCCGGUCACACAGAUCAGCGCCCCGCGUCAGCCGCUCACCCACCAGCCGCAGCUGUCUCAGUGUCUGUGCUCCCCACCAAUCACAUCCCAGGCUCAACUGGAUCCCCCGUCUACGUGCGUUGAGUCCAAUGGGCACAGACCGAGCCCAGUUCUCCAGCUUCCCCAGCCAUGUGCCAGCCUAUCAGAGGGCACAGUGCAGCGCAGGCUCCUGCCACCCAGCUCUCCAGUCAUCCUCCAGAUCCCGACCGCUGCCGGCAUGGACAGCAUCCACAAACAUUGUGCUCCCCCCCAACGUAUCCCGUCCGUCAGUCCUUCUCUGAUUCAUAUCCAGCCACAGCCUACACUGGUAGCCCAAGCCACUGUCUCCAUCACACAGACCCCGGAUCUGCAGAAACCACUGCCGCACGACCCCAGUCCGACGUGCCAGCCUGACCCACACUCUCGGCCUCCCCUGGACAUGACAUCGGGAAAUGGUUCUUCUCCACUGCCAGCUGCUGCUACUGGCAGCGCCACCCAGAAUGGUGAGAGCAAGCCGCCUCAGGCCGUGGUGAAGCCGCAGAUCCUGACUCACGUCAUCGAAGGCUUCGUCAUCCAAGAGGGGGCUCAGCCAUUCCCGUCACAUAGGCGCAGAACAGUCCUAGAGGUGCCUCGCUCACCCCUCCUGCUGGCGGCACAGAAGUAUCAGCAGGUACUACUACCCGAGAAGCAGCCACAGCAAGAUAACAACACCACCACCGACUCCGAGAUGGAGACCUUCGUGCCAGAAUCCAAAAAUGAGAACGAUCCUCCCAAACUGAAGUGUGAGCUCUGUGGUCGGGUGAACUUUGAAUACAAAUUUAAACGUUCCAAGAGGUUUUGUUCCAUGGCGUGUGCGAAGAGGUAUAAUGUGGGAUGCACGAAACGCGUAGGACUGUUCCACCCCGACCGCAGCAAGUUACAGAAACCCGGAGGUCCGAAACAGCGGAGAUCACGCAAGGGUGGCCUGCAGAAUCUGGGCACAGUUCCCGUGAAGCAGAUAUCCGAAUCGGUCCCCCUCCUCAACCCAGCGCCCAUAACCGCCUCCUCCAACCUAAAGCACUGCAACAGCCAGGAGGACUCCAGCCGCUGCUCGGACAAUUCCAGCUUUGAGGAGCCGCUGUCUCCCGUCUCCGUCAGCUCUUCCCUCUCCCGCAAGCGCCACAGUGACCGGAACACGGAGCUUCCAGAUCUGCAGGGCGGCGGCUUGUUGGAGAACGACAAUACCUUCUUACCCAGCGACCCUACCAAGUGGAACGUAGAGGAGGUCUACCAGUUCAUCCGGUCCCUGCCAGGCUGCCAGGAGAUCUCCGAGGAGUUCCGAGCACAAGAGAUCGAUGGACAGGCUCUGCUUCUUCUCAAAGAAGACCAUCUUAUGAGCACCAUGAACAUUAAACUGGGGCCGGCCCUCAAGAUCUAUGCCCGGAUCAGUAUGCUGAAGGACUCUUAAAUAAUAUGGGACAGAUGGACUCUCCAGCCCCGUUCCUCCACGGUUGCUCCACCUCCUGCGCUCUCUGUGAGAAUGGAAAUGCUCUUGCAGGAGACAGCAGCGAGGAAGCCACCGUUUCUCCCCCGCAGAGCAUAUGCUGGAUUAUAGUACCUGCCCUGAUGCAGAGGAUAUGAGGUUUUGCUGUAACCAGUGAUGUGUGGACUGGGAUCUAAACCUUGUUAUUUAUAGGAAUCUUCUUCUUUACUUUAUAUUUUUUACAACCAAAUUCUCUAUUUUAAAAGGGAUGUCCUGGUUUUGAGCAGAAAUAAUUUUGUAUGUGAUGGGUUUUAUGUUUUGAUGGUGUAGAUAGUGGCCUAGUCCUACAACGUCGGGCGCCAGUAGAUGCUUUAUUGCAGCAACUUUAAUCUGAGAGAGCGUGUUGCCUUCUCCUUCCUGUGCAGUAGUCAGGGCCCGUGGGGUUAUGCCUGUGGCGGCGUAGGCUGGCCCCUCUCCUAAUGCCACAAGUGUGGGAAGAAGAAGAAAUGUGCAAUGUAAGUAUGGACCUAAAGCUUAUUACUUGGGUCUUCCCUGCUUGGCACUUGCUCCCCUGUCUAAGCUGCAAACAUUGCCUUUAAUGAUAGCCGCCUACAGAAACAAUGUACAGCUGCCCAAAUCUGUACUCUGAGGACGGGGCAGAAGCGGUAUCUGGUGACUCCAGCCCGGUCCAGCCAAGCUUCUAGGGCAGCGGUCUCUCUCACAGUGUUGUCUCCCAGGACCUGCAUCAUGGGGAAGCAUUGCAGGUGCCUGGACUGAAGGACCUGUGCGUCUUAAGAGUAGCGUGGAAAACCAUUCACCUAGAUUAGGCGCUAGUAAGUUAUUGUUCCCGGCUCUAGGCUGAGGUCACCAGGUUCUACCACUACGACGUCAUAUGUCAGGUGCAGGAGUUACUGCCGGGCUGUGCAGGCCUCAUGUACAUAUGGUUCCUGGUGGCCAUUGCUGUUGAGGCAUGGGGCACAUAGAGAAAGGAGGCAGAGAUAGAGCAGAAUGCCUGUAAUGAGAAUGGCCCCAUGAGGGCUAAUGUAAUAUGUAUCAGCCCCGCACAGCCGUGCAGUACUAUCUGCCUCUACCCCUACAAUGGCCCAUGGGGGUCCAGUAAUGGGUGCACAGUGCUACAGCGGGUCACUAAUCAGCGGGAUCAACUCCAAACAUCGAUUCAGCUGCAUUAUAUUACAGUGACGUCUCGAGGCAUCCACGCGGAGCGGAUAGGUCCAGCGAUACAGACCUGGCGCUACAGUAACUACAGAUCCCAAUGGCUCUAAUUUCCCUGAUAUCAGAUUAUUUCCUUAGGAUUCAGUCGGGAAUUUCACCACCAAUGUUUGUGCCGGCCAAAUAGAAGCCAUUCACUGUGAAGGAGAAGAGAGGUAAAUGGCAACGCGGCCAGCCCCAGCAUCUCCCACCCCCCUUGGUGGUCCUGGGACUGUGUCUCUGCGGCAGUUACUGUCCAAUACACCUGUAACCCCUCCCGAAGGGGACCACUUCUAGAAAACAUUGUUAUACUCUUAAGCCAUGGGGACUGGUUAACUGGUGCUAUAUUGGUGCUAGGUUAUAAAACCCUUUUGCAAGUGUUAUCUUUAUUUUAUAAAUAAAGUUGCAGUUGAAUUAA